CGCUGGUGACCUCACUGUCGCGGUGUGUGAGGUGCUGCCGUCGCUGAUCGCUGACGUCACACGCUUCCGCGAUCCUGCUUUCCCGGCUAGCACACGGCCCAUGCCAUGCAUAUAAACACCAAACGACGAGCUCUCGUCCUUCUCCUCCAACUCACCGCUCAACUUCCGACACACAGACGAUAUUCAACCCGUUCCCACUCUUCCAAACUCAAACUCCACUUCAACAACCAUCAACAUGCCUCUCUUCGGCGGCUCCAAGGAGACUACUACUUCCCCUCCCCCAACCACCACCACGAGCACCUCUCCACCUGCCCGUCAUCGCUCUCUCUUCAAUCGCCGACGUUCGUCGUCUCCCGUGACUACUACCACCGCGACCUCCCCGAAGCGUCACUCGGGUUUCCUGCACAAGUCCGGCAGCGAGGAUGCGAGCAUCAUAGCCGCACGGGAGCGUGUUAUGUCGGCCGAGGCUGCCGAGCGCGAUGCUGAUCGUGCGCUUUUCGCUGCUCGUGCUGCUGUGAGGGAGGCUAGGGAUCAUGUUAAGAGGCUGGAGAGGGAGGCGGCUGAGGAGGCUCGUCUUGCGAAGAUCAAGCAGAACCAGGCUAAGGCUAUUGGCAAGCGUGGAAAGAUGCUUGGUCGCUACGACCACGCUUAAGUGUUCACAAUCCACGAUGCUACCUUGAAUCUUCGCUAUUGUAGCGGAUGACCUAUGGUUGCUGAUGUCUCUUCCAUGGAGUGUAUCAUCACGACAUCUCUUUCCAAUCUGUACGAUUACUGGUGGUGUAUUAUAUCGACGGUACCAAGCGAGGAGUUCUUUGCUGCGUUACCGGACGACUAACAGUUCAAUACCCGACAUGUUUCUUUUCUUCCUUUGUUCGAGCUUGUAGAGGGUUGCUGAGGCGCGAAUGGGACGAUGGCCUCGACUUCAUGUCAGUGCGGCAUCUUCAAUCAAGUACUUUGAGAAAAGUAUUCAGAGCUGUCCCUCGAG